UUUUGAUUUAGUUCAUUUUGGUGCUUCGUGGGUUGUGGUCGGUCUGUGAGGUCCUCGAGUGGUCCCUAGUGCCUGAAGGGUGGUGUCAGUUUUGUCCAAGGGUCUGUGCAAAGGUAUCAAGAUUCAUUUCCCGCUGAUGUCCUACGGCAGCGAGACGCCGCACGUCUGGAGCAGCUCAGCAGGUAGCGAGGUGUCUCCAUACGGUCCGCUGUGGGACGCUCCGCCGGCACCCGUGCCGUACCCCGACAUCCUGGCGUUCCCGCCGGCCGACCUAGUGUGGUCGGCGGCGGGUUGCGGCGGCCGCGCUGGUGCUCGCGUACCUUCAGGCGGCAAGAAACCACGUCGCCGUGUCGCGUCCGUGGCACAGCGACGCGCAGCCAACAUUCGCGAGCGACGCCGCAUGUUCAAUCUGAAUGAAGCCUUCGAUAAAUUGCGUAGGAAGGUGCCGACCUUUGCCUACGAGAAGCGGCUGUCCCGCAUCGAGACCCUGAGGCUGGCCAUCACCUACAUCAGCUUCAUGUGUGAGCUGCUGCAUGGAUCUCCGCAACCUCACCACGCGUCUCAUGCCAUUCAUCCUCCAAGACAUGUGUUUGAUGCUGAAGUACCUUGGUGCGCUUAGAAAUCUGUUGUAGAAGGGCGAAUCUACAACACUGCGUUGCGGCGUUGCAUCGCAAAAACGACGUCGAACCGCAAUGCGAUGCGAUGUCGCAACGCAAAAAUUUCAUCGGAUACGACCUACCCACGAUAUCCACUGAACGCUAGCGCGUCGCCGCGUCGCAUACUCUUAG